AUGCAGACACUGUACACAGCUAGGUUUCUUCCUAGACAAAUUAAAAUAUCAAGAAAUAUGAAUGGGGCAGAAUGUGGAGAUGGAGAAACAAGAUCUUACAGCAACAGUACUUCUCCAUGUCCAAUCGAGCUUCAGGAAUUAAUGGAACAAAUUAAGAUCAUGGUUAGCAACAAGAAACUGGAUUGGGAAAGGAAGAUGCAAGCUUUGGAGAUGGAUUUGAAUCUUCGAGAUCAAGAAAUAGCAAAUGCACACAACUGUUUGGAUAAAAAAAAUCAAGAGGUGGGGCUCCUUCAACAGAAACUAAACCACCUGGAAAAGUGUAACAACGAUAUGAGUCAGAAGUACCAGGGAGAACUUCACACUCUGAAAUCUCAAUUUUCUAAACUGACUGCCAGUUACGAAAAGUUGAAAUUACAGCAAGACAAGCAAGAUAGUGCUGUUAGAGAGAAGUCACUGGCUGAAGAAACACCAUUUGGAUUAGGAAAUUUAAACCGAAAAUUGGAGGAAUUUAAAACUAAAUCAGAGGAAUGGGACAAGCAAGAGACAUUAUAUCAGCACUAUCUGUUUUCUCUGGAUGCCCAACAGAAACUGUUAUCUGAGAAAUGUAAUCUCUUUCAGAAACAGGCACAGAGAUAUCAAACCCACUUAGCUGGUAAGAAAAAAUGUUUGGAAGGUGCCAGUCUCUCCAACCUUGAAUGUUUUCCGGGUGAACCAGGUGCUUCCAUUGCAACGGUGGAGCAAGAUGAGUCGGUGAUUGAUAAAUUGAGGUCUACUGUCAGUGAAAUGGCACUAAGCAGAAGCAAGCUCCACGACGAAAGCCAGAAACUGCACCAAGAACUGAAAAUAUAUCAAACACAGUGCAAGGCCAAGAAAACGGGACUUUCUGAGCUGAAAAAUGAGUUGGAGUCUCAAGAUGAUGUCUUGAGAGGUGUAGAAACGGAAAGACUGCAGUUGCAUAGAGAAUUAUUGAAAGCAGGAGGCUAUCACAAUAUCCACGAAAAUCAAAGACUCGAAUCAUCUUAUUCACAUCGGGUUAAAGAACUGGAAAAGAAAAGGUACAGCCUGCCCUUCCUGGCACAAGACGAUGUAAAUCAGGAAAAGGAAUUGAACAAGACGAGAAACCAUCUUUAUUGCGAGGAACAGUCCCAUAGCUCUGAGCAGAAAAGAAUGAGGGCUGAAAUCUCUGACCUGACAGAAGAGCUUCAUCAGAAGGAGAUCACUAUAGCAACUAUCAUGAAGCAAGCUACUCUUAUGGAAAGACAGUUUAAAAUGGAGUUAGAGAUCAAGGAGAAAAUGUUAGCCAAACAAGAGAACAUGAACACGAGUAACACGGAACAGGCACUAUACAUAACAACUAUUAACAAAUUGGAAUACGAGAACCGAAUGCUACGAAGAAGCCUUGCUAAGCUUCAGGAAGACAGGCGAUCAGAAUGGAUUGACCCAGAAACACAGGAAGACACAGUGAAACGCACCAACCAAAACCAAAUAAAGAUAAUAGCAAAUGAAGACAGGCCCAACCCAGAAGAUGAACCAAGCAGAGGAAGAGACUCGCCAUCGCCCCACAAGAUGUUUCCUUUCCAGCACAGCAGGCUGCUUCCUGUCAAAGCCGGGCCUGGCAGAGAAAGCCCUUCCUUCAGGGAAAAUGAAAUCUUUUCCAAGUCUCCCCCAGAUAUGUCGUCCCCUGCUCCCUCAGCAGCCCAGCAUUUCCUUCUGGAGGAAGAGAAUCGAGCCAAAGAAUUUGAAAAGCUUUUAGAUCAGCACAUUGACGAACUGCAAAGGCACACAGAACACACUCUAAAUAAAUACACCAGGCUAAAACAAACUAGACAUGUAUGAGCAUGUAAAGUCUUUAUUCGUUGUGGCAAAAUAUUUCUGAAGCUAACGAAACUGGGAAGUCUCCUUCUGUUUUUCUGAGUACACAGGCAGUUGGGAAGUAGCACGUUUCUUUUUAUAUAAAGCUGUUUGAGUUUCAGCCUUCACAUGCUAAAUUGUUCUGCUGUAGAGUUACUAUAAAAUAAACAUGAUGCACUCCAA